AUGGCUGUUUCUCAGGACUCAGUAACCUGUGAAGAUAUAAUUGUGACCUUCACUCAGGAGGAGUGGGCAUUACUAGAUCCUUCAGAGAAGAAACUCUACAGAGAUGUGAUGUGGGAAACAUUCAGGAACCUUCUAUCAUUAGGAAAACUGCAGAAGGAUCAUUACACUGAAGAACAGCAACUCCAUCAAGAGAGUCAAGAAAGAAAUAUAAAUGAGCUGUUUGAGAAAGAAGAUUGUCAAUAUGGAGAGAAAUGUCAUGAAUUUGAAGUAUGUCAAAAAAUAUUCACUUAUUUCAGUUACCUUCAAAGACUUGAGAGAAAGCAUGCCACAGAGAAACCUCAAUGUGAACUAUACACUAAAGAAAGUACUCAAUCCAGUAAUUUUUGGAGACAUGACAAAAAUAGCAGUAGAGAGAGAGCUUAUGAAUGUAAACAAUGUAGUAAAACAUUUAGUUCUUCACAAUAUCUUCAGAAACAUGAAAGAACUCACAGUAGAGAGAAACCCUAUGAAUGUAAACAAUGUAGUAAAACAUUUAGUUGUUCCAAUUCUCUUAAAUAUCAUAUAAGAACUCACAAUGGAGAGAAACCUUAUGAAUGUAAAGUGUGUAGUAAAACAUUUAGUUGUUGCAGUUCUCUUCGAGCUCAUGAAAGGACUCACAAUGGACAGAAACCUUAUGAAUGUAAGCAAUGUAGUAAAACAUUCACUCAAUCUAGUAAUCUUCGAAAGCAUGAAAGAACUCACAGUGGAGAAAAACCUUAUGAAUGUAAACAGUGUAGAAAAACGUUCAGUCAAUUCAGUCAUCUUCAGGCACAUGAAAGAACUCACAGUGGCGAGAAACCCUAUGAAUGUAAACUAUGUGGAAAAGCUUUCAGUCAGUUCAAGUCUCUUAAGGAACAUAAAAGAACUCACAGUGGAGAGAAACCCUAUGAAUGUAAACUAUGUAGGAAAACAUUCCGCUUUUCUAAUUCUCUUAAGAUGCAUGAAAGAACUCACAGUGGAGAGAAACCCUAUGAAUGUAAAAUAUGUAGUAAAACAUUCAGUUAUCCCAGUAAUCUUCAGACACAUGAAAAAACUCAUAGAGGGGAGAAACCAUAUCAAUGUAAACAGUGUAGUAAGAUGUUCUCUCAAUAUAUUCAUCUUCAGGUACACAAAAGAAGUCACACUGGAGAGAAACCCUAUGAAUGUAACCAAUGUAGUAAAGCAUUCAGAACAUCCAGUUCUCUUCAGGUACAUAAAAGAACUCACAGUGGAGAGAAACCCUAUGAAUGUAAACAGUGUAGGAAAGCAUUCAUUUGCCACAGUUCUCUUAGGUAUCAUGAGAGGAGUCACAGUGGAGUGAAACCAUAUGAAUAUAAAUAA